AUGUCCCAUCUCCUUCCACCCAACCUCCUACGUCUCUUCGCUCCUCGACCCCAACCGCCAUUCCUCAAACCACUCACCAAGGAUGAACGGGUGAGGGGACCAAACAAGCUGGCCGGUGUCGCACCGCUCUUUCAUCGAUUGAAAGAGGAGGCGGACGAAGAGGAGAUCAGACAAGGUAUGGCUGAAGCUCAAGCCGAAAAGGAAGAACAACCUCAGGAAGGACAGCCACCAAAACGUGAAACGAGUACGAGUACCAAUGGUGCGAUCAAAGAGGAAGAUGGAGAAGUGAAAGAAAGUAGUAGUAAGAUCAAGAAGGGGAAGAAGAAGGAUUUGAUAGCUGAAAAAGGUGUAAUUGGACCCGAGGCUGUAAAGAUGAGGAAAGAAAUUAGGAAGAAGAGACAGGAGGAAUAUAAGAAGAAUGCGGAGAAGAAUUAUAAACCUCAAGAUGACCCAAAUGCUGCCGGAGAUCCAUAUAAGACAUUGUUCAUAUCGCGACUGUCCAAAAAAGCAACAGAAGUUGAUCUACGACGUGAAUUUGAGAUGUACGGUGCCAUAGAGAAGAUAAGGAUAAUAAAAGAUAGAAAAGGGAAAAGUAAAAGUUAUGCUUUUAUCGUAUAUGAGAGGGAGAGAGAUAUGAAGGCUGCAUACAAAGACGCCGAGGGAAUACCGAUCCACCACAAGAAGAUCCUAGUCGACGUUGAAAGGGGCCGUACAGUGAAAGGAUGGAAGCCCCGUCGUUUGGGCGGAGGAUUGGGCGGUCGACCUAAACCCGUUGAAGUCAAGGAAGUCAUACAGCCAGUAGUACCAGCUUUCGGCGGUGGCGGUGGAUUUCGGGGUGGGUUUGGUGGUGGACGAGGAGGCGGAGGUGGUUUCAGGGGUGGACCUCCCAGAGGUGGAUUUGGCGGAGGCGGAGGCGGUGGAUUCGGAGGUGGACGAGGUGGAUUUGGUGGUGGGGGAGGAGGGUUCCAAGGUGGACGAGGAGGGUUUGGCGGUGGUGGUGGUAGAGGCGGAUUUGGUGGUGGCGGCGGUGGGUUCAGAGGUGGUUUCCAAGGUGGUGGGGGAGGUGGGGGAUACCAAGGUGGAGGAGGGGGUGGUUAUGGCGGACCUCCCGGCGGUGGGGGCGGGUUCCAAAAUGGUUAUCAACAGGGACCACCCGGCGGUGGUGGAGGAGGUGGAUUCAAGAGGGAUUACGAUAGUGGUGGUGGUGGAGGAGGGGGAGGAGGUUACGGCGGUGGGGGUGGGUAUGGAGGAGGAGGUUAUGAUGAUCGUGAUCCGAAGAGGAUGCGGUACUAA